AUGUCCCCAGCCGAGAACCACGGCCGCCCACCGCACAUCCUCGUGGCGUCAGCAUGUCCCGUACCACUCGACCUUGAAGUCAAUAUCAAAGAGCGGCUCCUCGAGCUCGGCAACGUCUCCUUGAAGUUCAUCACCAAUGCCGUCACCUGCUCCGGCAAUGACAUCUGGCCCACCAUAACGCACUUCAGGGCCGGACGGCAGUGCAGACCUCUGUAUCGCCUCAAAGACGCCAAACAUGUCCAGUACGAGGCGGCCGAGCUCUGCGCAUGGGCGGACAUGCUCAUACUCGCUCCCAUCGACGCGGACAACCUCGCCGCCAUGCUGCAGGGCCGGGCAAACAACAUGGUGCUGGAGAUCAUAAGAAGCUGGGAUGUUUCAAAGAAGAUGUUCCUCGUGCCGGGCAUGUCGUGCUCGAUGUGGGAGAACCCAAUGACGAAGAAGCAGCUGAGCAAGCUGCGCAGGAAGUGGAACUGGGUCCAGGUCAUGCAGCCGCAGCUGUGGACCUUUGAGUCAAAUCUCGUCAAGCCGGUGCCGUUCGAUGGGCUGGAGGAAGUCGUCGAGGCGGUGCAGAACCAGAUCGACUUGAUGACCAUCGGGCAUGACAUUGUUCCUCCUGUAGCCUGCUCGUCUCAGCUUGCAGGGUCGUCGCGAAGUACGGCGCGAAACCUGCCGCCGGAGCUGUGGUCUAUGGUCCUGGACUUCACGGGCGACUGGGAGCUUGCGAAGGCACUUGGCGUCUUCACAACUCUUCCGGCGCCACCAGAAUGGCGGCAAGCCAGCAGCAAGGAGGGACCGCAAACGCUUAUGCAGAAGAUCGAGUGGGCAGUACUAACGGGCACGCUCGACGAGCUCAAAGCGCUCCUAGACACCGGCCCGGUCCCACGCUGGCUCUCGCGGUCCUGCGUCCAAGUCCUCAUGCGCUUCGCCAUGAUCCCUCACCUGACCUAUCUAGAGACUUACCACAAAGAUCUCUUCUGGGCGACAUUCGGCCACUCCUUCCUCCCCGACAAGUCCUCCUCCGUCUUCGGCAAGAUCGAGCUCCUCGACUACUGGCACACCUCGCCCUCCUUCCUCGCUAAAGAAUACACGGCCGAAGCCCUCGACGGCGCCAGCAAGGCCGGCUUCGCACACGUGCUAGACUGGUGGCACAGAUCCGGGCUGCCUCUCAAAUACACCGAAGCAGCACUCGAGCAGGCAAGCAGCAAAGGCCACCUCGAAGUGCUCGAGUGGUGGAAGAAUGCCAGCACUUCCGAGUCCGCUGACGCUUCCACCGAGGCCCACCCAAGCCGCUCCAGCACGCCCGCUGCUCGCGCCGUCGACUCGGCCCCUAAAACACACCCCCGCACCCCCCUCCGCCUCAAACCAGGCAAAUCCAUCUCCCUCGCAACCCAGCACGCCGACCUCCCCGUCCUGCGCUGGUGGGCGCACUCCUCAAUCCCCUUCCCGCACGAAGACACCAUCACGCGGCUGGCGUCGCACCACGGCUACGUCAGCGUGCUGGACUUCUGGCACGAGGUGCGGGGCGAGAAGCUCGUGUUCGAUAACCAGGUGCUGGUCGGCGCGACCAAGAUGGGCCAUGCGGCUGUGCUGGAGUGGUGGAAGCAGAGCGGGCUCCGGGUCGAGUAUAAGACGUGCGAUAUCGAGGAGGCGCUGGAGGAUGGGGUCGAGGGGAGGAAGGGGGAGGAUGUUAGGAGGUGGUGGGCGAGGAAUGGGCUUAACUUGGGGGUGGGGACUAGUGAGUGGAUGAGGACAAGGGUGCUUGCGAGUUAG